CUACCGCCAUAAGUUUAAUAUUUAGCUCGGCGCGUGAUUUCGACGCGCCACAGUCCACAAAAUCGACCUAAAACACCACACUGGGCAACCAGCCCGUGACUUCCAUUGCUCAAUCAUAAUCAUAUUCAUAUGGCACAAUAUAUUUAUACACUCAUACAUGAACUAUUGAAACGAGUUUAUUAGUCUCUGUAAUUUGGGGUAUGGAGUUCUUGGAUGGGCGAUUCGAGCUGAGAGAGAUUCAGAAGCUUGAGGGUCACAGCGAUAGAGUAUGGAGCCUGGCGUGGAACCCAGCCACUGGUGUAACUGGGGUUCCACAUGUAUUCGCUUCUUGUAGCGGCGAUAAGACCGUACGUAUUUGGGAGGAGAGUAUUUCUACCGGUUCAUGGAACUGCAAGGCAGUUCUGGAAGAAACACACACUAGAACUGUUCGAUCCUGUGCUUGGUCGCCAUCGGGAGAUUUAUUGGCUACUGUGAGCUUUGAUGCCACCACUGCUAUUUGGGAAAACGUUGGGGGUGAUUAUGAAUGUGUUUCCACUUUGGAGGGUCACGAAAAUGAAGUCAAAAGUAUUUCGUGGAAUGCAUCUGGGUCAUUGCUUGCUACAUGUGGUCGAGAUAAAACUGUUUGGAUUUGGGAAGUACAGCCAGGUCAUGAGUAUGAGUGUGUUGCUGUGUUGCAAGGUCAUACACAGGAUGUAAAAAUGGUUCAGUGGCAUCCAGCCAUGGAUGUUUUGGUCUCUUGUAGUUAUGAUAAUAGUAUUAAGAUUUGGGCAGACGACGGUGAUGAUGAUAAUUGGACGUGUGUACAAACUUUAGACGAACCUAACAAUGGUCACUCUUCUACUGUUUGGGCUCUUUCAUUUAAUUCCAGCGGAGAUAAAAUGGUUAGCAGUAGCGACGACCUUACUUUGAAGAUAUGGGGAACGGACUUGGCAAGGAUGCAGUCUAGUGAAGGUUACACACCUUGGAGACAUCUUUGUACAAUUUCAGGUUAUCAUGAUCGGACAAUCUUCUCGGUGCAUUGGUCUAGGGAAGGUAUCAUUGCCAGUGGCGCAGCUGAUGAUGCCAUGCGGUUUUUUGUGGAAAACUCGGACAAAGAUGGUUUGGUUGAUGGACCCAUGUAUAAACUGCUACUGAAAGAGGAAAAGGCCCAUGACAUGGAUGUAAAUUCAGUGCAAUGGAGCCCUGGGGAGAAACGGCUACUUGCUUCUGCCAGUGAUGAUGGAACGAUUAAAAUAUGGGAGCUUGCACCUGUACCCAGCUGAAGAAAAUUACAGAAUCUCCUCAUAAAUUAUGUGUAAUUGCAAAGAUCUUCCUUCUAUUGGUCCAAUUUUGUCAGUCAACAGAUUAAUAUAGUUUAAUCGAGAAAUAUGACUUGUAAUUUUCAACAAUAAUUAUUGAUCAUUUAUUUGAACAAUGCAAAGGUUUUGAGUGAA